AAUAUAUCAGCAUCCGCAUCAUAGAAUAAUUAAUUAACAUUUGAAAAUAAAAACUUUAUUAUAGUGAUAUAUACUUUUAUUUCAGGACAAGUAGCUGGGUAAUAUUACACAAUCAAAAUGAAUCCUAUGACAAAUGUUAAGAAUGUUUUGAAGCUAAGCGAACGUGAACUUAGUGGUAAUUCUAAAAGCUCUUGGCAUGAUCAAUACAAGGACAGCGCUUGGUUAUUCAUUGGUGGACUGCCGUAUGAUCUCACGGAAGGAGACAUUAUUUGCGUAUUUUCACAAUAUGGUGAAAUAGUGAACAUCAACUUGGUGAGAGACAAAGCAACAGGUAAAUCAAGAGGAUUUGCUUUUAUUUGUUAUGAAGACCAGAGAUCUACUAUUCUUGCUGUAGACAACCUUAAUGGCAUAAAAAUCCUGGGUCGAACAAUGAGAGUAGAUCACUGUGAGCAGUAUAAAGCGCCAAACGCAGACAUGACUAAGGUGGAUGAAUUGACAGCCGCAGUCAGAAAUGAAGGGUGUGCACCUUCUGCACCAGUAGUGACCAGAACUGAGGUCAAAACUGAAGUAAAGUGUGAAGUCAAACAGGAGAAAGAAAAUAAGGAGAAAAAAAGGAAAAAAGAGAAAAAAGAAAAGAAAAAUAAAAAGAAGAAGAAAAAGAAAAGAGACAGAAGUUCCAGUUGUUCUAGUUCUAGUCAUGGUUAA